GGCCAUUCCACGUAGUGGCGGCGCGAGCCCGGGGCGUUAAACUGCCGCUGCGGAUGCGGCGUGAAAUGCUGGAGCUCGUCUUCCUAUGUUUGCACGUCAGAUAUCAAGUUUUGUCAAGCGACUAGUCUGGUCAAGUGCUGUGCCACCACCUGAACCCAGUGCUGCUGGUGCUUAGAGAGCUUGAACUGAAAUCAGAGGCUGUGAUUCAGCAGGAACUAAACAAGAUAAACGCGAUGGCAGGACCAAGACCAGUGGUAAUCAGUGGACCCUCUGGUGCAGGCAAGAGCACCCUCCUGAAGCUACUUCUCAAGGAGUAUGAACGAGUUUUUGGAUUCAGUGUCUCACAUACAACAAGAAAUCCAAGGUCGGGUGAAGAAAAUGGCAUAGAUUACCAUUUUGUGUCGAGGGAAGAAAUGGUUCGUGGUAUUGAAGCUGGAGAAUUUAUAGAGAGUGCAGAGUUCUCGGGUAACCUGUAUGGAACAAGUAAAGCAGCGGUGCAGGCCGUUCAAGCCAAGAACCAAAUCUGCAUUCUUGAUGUAGAUAUGCAGGGUGUGAAGAGCAUCAAGAAGACAGACUUAUCCCCAAUCUACCUUUCCAUUCAGCCACCUUCAUUUGAAGUUUUGGAAGAACGGCUGAGGCAAAGGAAAACAGAAUCUGCAGAAAGUCUACAAAAGAGACUAUUAGCAGCAAAAUUAGACAUGGAAUUCAGUAAACAGCCUGGUAUGUUUGAUGUUGUAAUAAUAAAUGAUCAUUUAGAGGAUGCCUAUUCCCAGUUGAGAUCAGUUCUUCUUGAGGAAAUCAAAAAGGCAACAGCCUUGCAGAACUGAAGUGGUUCCAAGCGCCAUUCCAUUCAUUUUGAAAGUUCUAUUCCAGCAAAUUAAAGUAGGAAGGAUGAAAAUGCCUCUUUUACAAGCUUUUAUAAAGUUAGUUUGUGUUGGUGUAUUUUUGUUAAGCAAAAAUAAUGAAUUUCCAGUUUGUAUAUUUUUAUUAGGGAAUACCUCUUGAUAGAAAAGACACUUAAUAUAAUAAUUAGCCCUAUCUAUUUAUGCAGAAAUUACUCAUACAACUUUUUGGGUGUUUAAUCAUCUGUUGGAAUUUGUUAUUAAUGACAUACACUGCAUUGUAUCUUGGGACACUUUAUAAUGAGAAAGUGAUCAUGAUUGGACCAAAUGCAGAAGAUAUUGGACUUGGGUCAGAACAUUUGAACCCACAUAAUUUACUCUUGUCUAUAUGAAGUGCUGAAAUAGAAGAACUAUUCUAUUAUGUGAUUGUUUGAAUUUCAUGUAUUACUUGAGGUAGAAUUCAAUGUAAAGUUGGUCUAGUUAUCUAUGUACACAUGACCUUUUCAGGGAUAUAAAGAAAUUCAGGGAGGGGGAACAUUAUUCAUUGUGUGAGACAGAUGAAGUCUUCAUUUGUCUGGAUGAGAGCAGCUUCAAAAACACAAGAAGCUUAAAACUGUACAGGACAUUGCACAUCUACAACCAUGCACCACUCCACAAUAUUUGCAGUUUGUACCAUUUAUAAGAUGCACUGAACCAAUGGGCAAGAAAGAUAACACCAUCCACAAGUUGCCCUCUAAGUCAGGGGUUCUGUGGACCACUUGCUUAAUGGUAUUAGCCCAUGGUAUAUGAAGUUUUGGGAACCCGUAGUCUAGGUCAUUCAGAUUUAGAAAUGUAUGACAGUUUGUUCACUAUCACACAGAGCUCUUGGUUAUCACUAAUAACCACUGUAGCGGUUGAAGAAGGUAGUUCACUGCUACCUUCUCAAGGGCAACUGGGAAUGAGUAAUUAAAUGGUGGCUCAGCCCGUGGAACUGACAUCUGUAUUGUCCUCUCAUAUGAGGUUAUUAACUUUUCUGGAAGAACAGAAGAGCAAAAAAAUUGUUCGAGGAAAGAGACUGGGAACUGUAGUGUGGAAGAGUCUGUUCUCAUGCAUGAAUGAAUGAAUUACUGGCAGAAAGUGUAUAUAACUAAUCCUAGAAAUCUGAAAUAAAAAUGCUCAAGAACUGCAUGUUUAUGUGUUAGUUAUGCUAACAUUAUAGUUUACCAGGUUGCUUUCAGAGAUGAAGAAUUAGUCUCCGAAGGAAAGGAUAGGCAUUUAGAAGAAAGAGAUGUGAUUUUGUUGAAAUAUUCUGAGAGAAUCAGACAGAGAACAAAGCUUCAGAAUACAGGAGCGCUCUUUAAAAUGGUGUUAGAAGAGGAUAAGUUUCUUCCCUCAAAGGAUUACCUGUUUUUUGGAUUCAUCUUCUCAAGAGUGGUGGAGGUAGAUUCACGGCAGAUUCGAAGCUGAUGAAGACAUAUUUAUGGACUAGAGUGGUGACUAACUACAUGUAACAAGCAAGAAAGUGAUCUUGAAACCAAAGUCAGAUCAGUCAUGGUUUUAUUGAAUGGUGCAGUAGAUCUGAAAUGCCUCCUGAACUAUUCUUGCUUUUGUUCUUAAUAACAUCUCAAAUUUUAAUAAACUGUGAAAUUUACAAACAGCAAAAGUUUAUUAAAAUAAUAAAAACACUUCCACACAUACAAUCUUUGUAACUGCAUGCAGAUUAAAGAGUUGUAUUAUUCUAAGUUGGAAGCAUUCUUAAACAGACUUUG